AUGGAUGCCGUAAAGUCAUUCAACCAGGAGCUCUCCUCGCUGUAUGAGGUGAAGCCUCCUAUAUCUAAGGCCAAAAUGACUGCUCUAACAAGAGGAGCUAUCAAGGCUAUAAAGUUUUACAAACAUGUUGUGCAAAGUGUAGAGAAGUUUAUACUGAAGUGUAAACCAGAUUACAAAGUGCCUGGACUAUAUGUUAUAGACUCUAUUGUGAGACAGUCAAGACAUCAAUUUGGGUCUGAUAAGGAUGUGUUUGCCCCAAGGUUCUCAAAGAAUUUGCAGCAGACUUUCAUUAAUCUCUAUCAGUGUCCUGCUGAAGAUAAAAGUAAAAUCAUCAGGGUACUGAACCUGUGGCAAAAGAAUAACGUUUUUCAACCAGACGUGAUCCAACCCUUGUUCGACCUCGCCGAUCCGAAUAAUCCGAUCUAUAAAGAACUGGAGAACUCAGCACUGCAGCAGCAGCAGCUGCAACAACAACAGCAACAACUACAACAAUCUUCGAACGGAUUGAACAACUCGACAGGCUCCAUCAUCAAAGGUUCCCCAGCCUUGCAGCGUACACCGACCAAGGGAAAUCAACCAGGAAAUGACAGUGUCCAUGGAGCUACGCCUAAUUUGAACUUCUCCGAUCCCAGUGUCAUCCAGCAACUCCAGCAGUUGCAGAGACUCAUAACGAAAAACGUGGAGAAUUCCGCGAGGGCUGAGCAAGUCCACUUCGAUAGAAAACUGUUGGACUAUGACUAUGGAGAUGACGAGGACGAUAUGCACCCGUCUCCGAGACCCCAGCAAAAUUCGAACGAAUCCAUACUACCAGUUACCAGCCUACUCACGAAUCCUGAAGUUCUGCGGCAAUUACAGACAUUGCAGCAAACAAUGGCUAGUGCAUCCCAACCGGAAGUGGACAUGGAUAAAAUGAGGAAACUUCAAGAAAUGAAACAACAAGAAGACGAAUUUGACAAACAUUUAGCCCAGACUGUGCCGAACCUGCCCUUCGCGUCGGAAUGCGACUUCCAGCAAUCGAUGGGCGGGCCCUUCUACAUCGACGGCAUGAACCCGCCCGCGCCCGCCUACCAGCCGGUGGAGUUCGCGCCGCCGCCGCCCCUGCCGCCGCAGCCGCCGCUGAUCGGCGGGCUGGACGACGGCGGCGACGUGGAGGUGAUCAACUUGGACAACGACGAUUCGCGGUCGGCGUCGCCGGACGACAAGUACAGGAAGAGGAGGCGCAGCCGGUCGAGGUCGAGAGACAGGAGAGGCAGGGACAGAGAAAGAGACAGGAAGCGAUCGAGAUCGCGAUCGGGCAGCAGACGGUACAGGUCUCGGUCGCGGGAACGCAACGACAAGGGCAAGGGGAAGGAGAAGGAGAGGGAGAAGGAGAAGCGGGAGGAGAAGGAGAGAGAGAGCGAGCGGGACAAGGAGAGGAAGAAGCGGGGUUUGCCGGCCAUCAAGAAGGACCAUCUGAGCGUUUGCAGUACCACCUUGUGGGUGGGCCACCUGUCGAAGCUGGUCCACCAGGACGACUUGUCGAACACGUUCGGCGAGUUCGGCGACGUCGUCAGCAUCGAUCUGAUCCCGCCGCGAGGGUGCGCCUUCAUCGUGAUGCUGCGCCGGCAGGACGCCGCCCGCUGUCUGGGCAAGUUGAAGGGCCACAUGCUGCACGGGAAGGCCAUAACGUUGGCCUGGGCGCCCGGCAAAGGGGUGAAAGGCAAGGACCUGAAGGACUAUUGGGAGGGCGAUCUCGGCGUCUCGUACGUGCCCUUCAACAAGAUCAAAGAGGACAUCGACCUCGACCUGCUCGAAGAUGGCGGCAUGAUCGACGACGAGACGAUGCCGGACUGGAUGCGCGAAAAGGUCGAACGGAUGGGCAAGAAACCAAUGGACAUGCCCGCCUACCUGUUGCCCGACUCCGCCCACAUCGACACCAGCCAACCGCCGCCGAUGGCGGGGGCCGGGCUGCUGCAGCCGCCGCCCCUCAUGCCGAUGGUGUCGCCCUUCGGGUUCAACAACAGGUUGAUGGGCAUGAACGUGCCGCCCGGCAUGAUGAACUUGCCCAGCAUGCCGAAUAUCCCGUUGGGCGUGCCGCCGCCUAACAUGGGCGGGAUGUUGUCGAAUCAGAUGAUGGGGAUCGGGUCGCCUUUCCAAGGACCGCCCGGCAUGAUCGCGCCGCAGAUCCCGCCGAUCGACAGCAAACCGUCCUCUGUCAGCACCGAGGCCGACCUGCACAACCUCAGCAAAUCGCUGAUGAGCAUCACGCAAUCGUUCGGCAUGGUGCAACAGCCGCCGCCGGCGCCCCACGAGGACGCCAUGGACGUGGAGAUGGAGGACGCGGAGAAGUCGCAGGAGAAGGGGGGCGCGUUCGACGUCCCGCCGGCGGCUGGGUUCGGUAGGUCGGGUCGCAGCGAGGAGAGGAGGGAUCGAAGGGACGACAGGGAUAGGAGGAUGAGGAGCAGGGAUAGAGACAGGGAUAGAGAGAGAGAUCGUGGCGGCCGAGACCGUAACGGUGGCAGAGACCAGGGCAGAGACCAAGGCAGAGAUCAAAGUAGAGACCAAGGCAGAGAUCAAAGUAGAGACCAAGGCAGAGACCAAGGCAGAGACCAGGACAGAGACCGCGAUCGCAAAGACAACAGAGACAGAGAUUUCAGCAGAGGCAGGGACAGAGACAGACGCGACGACCGGCGCGACAGGAACAACCGCUGGAACGAGCGCGACAGAGAUUUCCGCGACAACGGCAACGCUAGAGAGAGACGCGAUAAUCAAAAUCGUGACGUCACGCCGGCCGACAACAACAGAGAAGAUCGUCGCGAUCGCGAGAAGACGCUCAACGACCGGCUGAGAGAGAUGGCAGGAAUGGGAGCCGGUUCGGAUGAGGGGAAUCGAGAUAGGAGCAGAGACAGACCGUUCAGGGACAGGAGGGACAACAACAGCUCGAGAUUCCCGUCCGCCAGGGACAAUUUCUCUGGCAACAACAAGUCAGCGCGUGGGGAAGCUCCGGAAGAGGUUGACAGGCCAAACAACGAAUCGAUCAGAUCGGAAGAGUCAUCUACUAAAAACGAAGGAGCGAUCGAGAAACCUGACAAUGUUGUUCAGGAGCCAGAAAAACCUGCCGACAUGGAAGGAGAAGGUGGUAAGGUAAAGGAAGGGGAUGCCGGAGAAGACGUUUCUGCAAACGAUACCGACAUGGUUGAGCAACCAGAGGAGCAGAUAGGCGAACAACAGGAACAACUCGAGGGGCAAAAGCUUAUGUUCGAACCUCCGCCUGGUCGAAUGUUCGACGGACCUCCAGAUGGGAUGUUUGACGGGCCGCCAGAAAGAUUCGAUGGUCCGCCAGAAAGAUUUGAUGGCCCACCAGAAAGAUUCGACGGUCCUCCGGAGAUGUUUGACGGGCCGCCAGAUAGAUUUGAAGGUCCCCCGGAGAUGUUCGAUGGUCCACCAGACAGAUUCGAUGGUCCUCCCGAAAUGUUCGACGGUCCUCCCGAGAUGUUCGACGGGCCGCCUGGUAGGAUGUUCGAUGGACCGGAUGGGAUGUUUCAAGAUGGACCGGAUCGAAGGUUCGGUCCGCCAGAUAGAAUGAUGUUCGAAGGUCCGCCCGAUCGCAUGUUCGACGGCCCGCCCGACCGCAUGUUCGACGGCCCGCCCCGCCCGUGGGGCCGCGGCAGGGGCAGGCGCGGCGGCCGCUCCGCCGACUUCAUGGACGACGCGAUGCACUUCCGGGGCGACGACCGCUUCAUGAGGGGCGGCGGCGGCAGGCGAGACUUUCGCGGAGGCGGGCCGGACGGGGAGUUUUUCGGGCCGCGCGAGGAGUUCGGCCCGCGCGGUCCCCCGCCCCCCAUGAUGAUGAGAGGGGGAAGGGGGCAUCGAGGACGCGGGGGACAGUUCUUCCCGCCUAGGGGCAGAGGUAGAGGAGGUCAAUUCAGAGAUGGCCCCAACUUCAACCCGCGCUUCGACGGACCCAUGUUCGACGGCCCGCCCUUCAGGGGGGCGGGGCCUCGCAUGCAUCCGCCCUUCCGGGACGGCCCACCGAUGAUGCGCUUCCGCGGUCCGCCCGGCUUCGACGACGGCCCGCCCGCAUUUGAAGACGGCCCGCCUGCUUUCGAGGACGGCCCGCCCGCCUUCGAGGACGGCCCGCCUGGCGGUGAUCGCUCCGCCAAUAGGGACGGUCGCCGCAGCAGGUGGGGGGCGGAGUCGGCCGAGCAGCCAGGCGAGGGGGCGGAGUCGGAGUCGUUCGCGCCGCCAAUAGCAGACGAAGGGGGCGUGGCAGAGAGGGAGACGGGCACGCCGGUGGCGGACGAGCGGUCGCCGCCUAGGCAGGAGGCGGGGGAGGGUGCGGAGGUGGUGGGGGAGAGUGAGGCGGAGCCGGCUGCCGAGUAG